GUAUCUGGGGUGGGCACCAACAGGGCUAAGGUUACCCUGGUAUGCUAAGGGCUCCCCGGGGCAGGGCUAUAUAACUCCACAUGGACUGCUCCAGGCUGACUCUCUGCUUUGUUCCAGCUGGAGCUCCUGCCUUACUCUCAGAAGACAUAAGACAUGGCACCUAAGAAGGCCAAGAGAAGGGCAGCAGCAGAAGGAAGCUCCAAUGUCUUUUCCAUGUUUGACCAGACUCAGAUCCAGGAGUUCAAAGAGGCCUUCACUGUAAUUGAUCAGAACCGUGAUGGCAUUAUUGACAAGGAGGACCUUCGGGACACCUUCGCAGCCAUGGGCCGCCUCAAUGUGAAAAAUGAGGAACUAGAUGCCAUGAUGAAGGAAGCCAGUGGUCCCAUCAACUUCACUGUCUUCCUGACCAUGUUUGGGGAGAAGCUUAAAGGCGCUGACCCCGAGGAUGUGAUCACAGGUGCCUUCAAGGUCCUGGACCCAGAAGGGAAGGGCACCAUCAAGAAGCAGUUCCUGGAGGAGCUGCUUACCACACAGUGUGACCGCUUCUCCCAGGAGGAGAUCAAGAAUAUGUGGGCUGCCUUCCCCCCGGAUGUGGGCGGCAACGUAGACUACAAGAACAUCUGCUACGUCAUCACGCACGGUGAUGCUAAGGACCAGGAGUAGAGAGGACCCUCUUAGGGCCUCUGGUGGCCAACAACACUUCCAGCCAGUCCGAUUCUCACCCAAACAAACUCCCAAUAAAAUUCAACUGGUCUUUCUU